GCGGGAGAGGCGGUUAUGAAACUGGAGAGCAGAGUCCGCCACGUUGGCUCUUACCGCCUUAUGUUUUAUUAUACAAAGUCCUAUUAUCGAUCCACAAUGGCGCCAGUUUCGCCUCGGUCUGCUUUGUGCCCACGCAUGCUCAAUGGGUUUUGUGAUUCCAAAGCGUGGGGUUUGUGGUGUUUGGUUGGGGGGUUUAACUUAUUUUGCUUCUCUGUGGGUCAGACUUGAAAUAUAAUAUUAAAAAAAACAAAAACGGCAUCCACUCUCUCCGUAAGCAGAGCUCAGAAUUAAACAGUGAGAACGGAUCAGCCUCACUCGAAGGAAGUUUCUGAGAUGGAAGCAGCUCACAUCAGCCCAGAGCUUCCUGUUCGAUGGGUUGUUUCUGCAGACAGGACUGUUGAGAUCAAGGAGGAAGUGACUGAGCUGGGGUGUGACCAGGCCAAUGAGCGGAUCCUGCAGGAGGAAACGCUACCUUCUAGCAUCACUGAGAGAGAUGCCAAAGAGAGCCAUGCUAUCCCUAAAUCUGAAGCACAGGAGGGUCCAAGGAUAGAAGCAGUUUACACCCUAGAGGAGUCCUUUGAUCAGGAGUGGUGUGCAAGUCUAAAGCAGGUUACAGAGCUGACAUGUGUUAAAGAUGAAGAGGUCCCUCGACUGGAAUGUGUUCCUAUUAAAGAGGAAUUCAUAGAACAGGAAUGUGUCCUCAUCGCAGAGGAAGUUCCUACUGAAAAUAAUGUCUGUACACUUGAGGAGAACAACCAGCUGGGAUCCAGCCUGUGUGAUGAUUGUCCACCUGAAUGUGAACUGGGAUUUAGAGCUGCUAAAGAAAAUCACACAGGAGGGACUCCAUUUCCCUGUGCUGAUUGUGGGAAGAGUUUCAUGCAGUUAAAAAAUCUUAACAGACACCAGCGUGUUCACAAAGGAGAGAAACCUUAUCGCUGCUCUGAGUGUGGGAUGAGUUUCAAUCUGUUACAAAAUCUUAAAAGACACCAGCGCGUUCACACAGGAGAGAAACCUUAUCACUGCUCUGAGUGUGGGAGGAGUUUCAAUCUGUUACAAAAUCUUAAAAGACACCAGCGCGUUCACACAGGAGAGAAACCUUAUCACUGCUCUGACUGUAUGAAGAGAUUCACACAGUUAGGAAAUCUUCAAUCACACCAGCGCAUUCACACAGGAGAGAAACCUUAUCACUGUACUGAGUGUGGGAAGAGAUUCACACGGUGAGUAACUCUCCAAUCACACCAGUGCAUUCACACAGGAGAGAAACCUUAUCACUGCUCUGAGUGUGGAGGGAGUUUCACACGUUUACAAAAUCUUAAAAGACACCAGCGUGGUCACACAGGAGAGAAACCUUAUCACUGCACCGAGUGUGGUAAGAGAUUCAUACAGUUCGUAAGUCUACAAGCACACCAGCACAUUCACACAGGAGAGAAACCUUAUCACUGCACAGAGUGUGGGAAGAGUUUCACACAGUUAGGAAGUCUUCGAUUACAUCAGCGCAGUCACACAGGAGAGAAACCUUAUCACUGCACAGAGUGUGGGAGGAGUUUCACACUGUUACAAAAUCUUAAAAGACACCAGCGUGUUCACAGAGGAGAGAAACCUUAUUGUGCUCAAUGUGAGAAGAGGUUCACAUAUUUAAGGUCCUUGAAAAUGCACCAGAGGACUCAUGUAAAAAGAUAAAUCUUAUCAAUGUAGUGAAGAGUUACUUAUUAAACCUUAAAAGACACCAACAAAUUCACACGAGUGAAGCCCUGCAGGGCAGCAGUGUGGCAUAGUGGUUAGGGCUCUGGACUCUUGACCGGAGGGUCGUGGGUUCAAUCCCAGGUGGGGGGACACUGCUGCUGUAUCCUUGAGCAAGGUACUUUACCUAGAUUGCUCCAGUAAAAAUCCAACUGUAUAAAUGGGUAAUUGUAUGUAAAAAUAAUGUGAUAUCUUGUAACAAUUGUAAGUCGCCCUGGAUAAGGGUGUCUGCUAAGAAAUAAAUAAUAAUAAUAAUAAUAAUAAUAAUAAUAAUAAUAUCUUUAUUUUUAUAUAGUGCCUUUCAUAGUGGAUCACCAUCACAAAGUGCUUUACAGAGGUAGGCUGUGAACUGCACAUUAUAUGCAGAGUCACUUACAAUAGGACAUUGAUUUAACAUCUCAUCCGCAGGACGGAGCGCAAGGAGGUGAAGCGACUUGCUCAGGGUCACACACAGUGAGUCAGUCAGUGGCAGAGGUGGGAUUUGAACCCGUGACCUUCUGGUUGUGGGAAGUGGAAGAAGUUAAGUCAGUUACAGGCUCUUGAAAGACACAAGAGAAUUAACAGAAUUUAAGAUACCUAAACACCAGGGGCCGGUUGUACUAAAGGGAUCCGAUCCUGGAUCCGGGCCCGUAUGUUGAUCUUGAUCCUAGUUGUACUAAACGGGUCAGUGCUCAAUCUGAGCUCAAACCUGAUAUUGCUUUUGAGCAGGAUCAGAACUUGAUCCCACUUUUGAAAAAUUGAGGAAUUGAACGUCACUUGUUUUAAUUGAAAACGUCAGACACGUAUAGGUCAGGUUUUUAAAGAUGGGCAAGAUAAGACGGUACAGAUUAACACCGGGUACCAUCAUUAAAUUAACAAACAUGGUUGAUCCGAUAGUUACAUCACAGUAAACCAAUAGAUAUGCCAGCGAACCAAUACAUAUGCCAGCGAACCAAUAUGAAUGACCAUUGAAUGAAUGAAUUUUUUCCUGAACGGGGCCUCAUAGUUUUGACUACAAGUCUUUGUUAAAUGUCCGAGUAUAGCUUCUAGAAAAUGUGUGCCAUGAGAUACCGCGGCCCAUUAUUAAAUAUAGACUGAACUAAAAAACAACUUGUGGGUCUAAUCAUAUCCAGUAGCAAUGCAGGAAAGUGGUUGUAUUUACAGUUAAACUGUCUAAUAUGUUAGUAUACAUGUAUUUUCCCUCAAUAAUGUAGUCUGUGCUGUCUGAUGUUACAUCUACAUUGACAGUACCAUCUACCUGCGUUUACUUUAUUGUUUAUUAUUAGCUUCAUGAUUUUCUUGUAGUUGAGUCUAAAAAUUAAUAGUGGACUAAAAAUGUGUAUUUUCACAUGUCGGUUUUGAAUGCUUGUGACAGAGACAGAAUGAUUCUUGGUGAUAAAUCUCCCUCCCGACCUGUGAGGGUGCAGUGUAAAGGGAACAGAGUGCCCUGGACUGGAUGGCCUGACAAUUCAUUCCCAGGGUUAGGUGGAAGUCGGCUGUCUAGAAAGGGGGCGGAGUUACGUUACAUUAAGUCACCGCUCCAGAGGGAAAGUGAUGUGGCAACCGCGGAUUGGAGGAGAAACGGUUGCACUCGCUCACCAAGGGGGCGUGGCUGAAGGUACAAAUAGGGGGCGUGGCUAGGUGAUCUGUUCCUUUGUAAUGGUGAAGAGAGAACCGCUGAAGGACGAGUGUAAAAUUAGCGUGAGUGUUUUGUUUGUUUUUUCGUGUCUAAAAUCUACUUGUUAUUAUUUGAUGGCUAACAAGAUCCGGAGCUGUCGCUACAGGCCAGCACUAAACCCGGACAACACUGCACCAUUAUACAAUAAUAUUUCACCACAAGCACUAUAGCACUCUCUGGACUUGUGAACGUGUGUGUCUUCGUGUGUGUUCUACUGUGUUUAUCAUUUACAAACUGUGUCUUAUUAUUUCGGGACAGCAACCCAUUGUUUUGGAGCAGCCUUGGAUUAUUCGUUGUGGUCGCCAGACCAGGAUUAUUAAAAUAAAACCUGUUUGGA